CCGUGGCGUCCGCAUGCGACUCUAUUUUGGGGAUAUCUUUGUCCCCUCCAAAACCCCAUCCCUAUCUCCCUCCUCUUCCCCCUCCCCCUCGGAGCCUCAACGCCGCCUCUACCUUUCGCCGGAGCCUAACAGGUAACUACUUGCAAAUUUCAAAGAAAAGAGCGUUUUGAAUCAUGCUAUUGGCAUGAGGUCGUAUCGUGCUGGUAUCUUGUUGGCAUGAGAAGGUAUACCUGCACUUGGUUCUCAACUCUUUAGCAAUACUUCAAGAUGUCUCAGUAUGGUUUGACGUGUAGUCCUCUAAGAGUUCCUUGUUAUACGAAUAUUAAAAGAUCAAGCCCACCAAAUGAGGUAGUCUCGUUUCUGCGUUUUGAUGGAAGACAUCAGGAAAAAGCACAGUUGUUAUUUCAUCUAGAUAGAAAAUACAAAGUUUCUUAUAUCCGUAAAUGCUCAUAUCAACGGAAAGGAAGAAUGAGGGGACUUGUAUCUGCUUCGUUUGGUGAUAUGGGUGAAGAUUCAAGCGCCAUUUUUCCCAGAAUUCAUGUGAGGGAUCCUUAUCAGAGGCUUGGAAUUAGCAGGGAGGCAUCUGAAGAAGAAAUCCAAGCUGCACGAAACUUUCUGAUUAAUAAAUAUGCAGGGCACAAACCAAGCAUUGAUGCAAUUGAAUCUGCUCAUGACAAGAUCAUUAUGCAGAGCUUCUUUGAAAGGAAAAACCCAAAAAUCAACAUUAAGAAAAAAGUGAGGGAAGUUACUCAGUCACGUUUUGUUAAGGCCAUUACAAGUAGGUUUGAAACACCUUCAGGGAAAGUCAUUUUGAAGACAACCAUCACAUUUGUUGUGCUUGGAAUACUCACUGUUCUGUUUCCAACGGAAGAAGGGCCAACACUUCAGGUGGCCAUUUCUCUUGCAGUAUCCAUAUAUUUCAUACAUGAAAGGCUUAAGAGUCGAAUCCGAGCAUUCUUAUAUGGGGUUGGUUCUUUUCUCGCUUCGUGGCUGUUGGGGACCUUCUUGAUGGUCUCUGUCAUGCCUCCUCUACUUCAAGGUCCAAGGAGCUUGGAAGUGAGCACUUCUUUGAUUAGCUACAUACUUCUGUGGAUAUCUUCUACUUACCUGAAGUAGUAAUAUAUAUAAAGCGACUCUUAUUCCAUCACUUUCGUAACUCCCCCAAAUGAUGAUAACAAUUUGCAUAUAGGACUUGUAAUGCUACUAAUGAGGUGACUAUCUUGCGGCAUUUUUCAUGACUUACUGUUUCUUCUUUUUCUUUUUUUUUUCUAAUGAAGUGAUACACAUUUUCAUCAUUUUGUUACUGGAUGGUUGUAGAUCAUAUUAUUUCUCAAGUUUGCCGAGUGAUCACUGAUCAAAUAGAGUCAAAUUUGUUGGUUGCUGAUCAGUGAUCAAUCCCUUAAUGUUUUACUUUUGGAUUUGUUUUUCCCUCUAGGGACUGAUCAGUGAUCGAUCCCUUUAUGUUU